AUGCACCACAACAUGGUGUUCAAGGUUGAAAUGACGAACAAAAGCGACGAUGCGCCGAACCUCGUCGCGGCGCGCAUUGCGGACAAGGCCUAUUCCCAAAACCGCUUCCUCGGCGCCGACGGCUCUGCGGUUUCGAAAAGAGGGUGUGGUUGA